CCGCGACCGCGCUUGGCGGUGUUGUGCGUUUCCUUCCCAACCGAUUGUACUUAGAUCGCGCCGUGUGCCAAGAAGUGUUGUUUUGGGAGAAAUUGUAAGACAUAGUCAUUAAAUUAAAUGGCGAAAGUGAGUUAGAAUUUCGCAAGGGCUUGAUAGAUGAGUGAGACUAGCAUCGCACAUCCGCUUUGAUAGCAGUAUCCGUUUCGAAGGGAAACGAACAGUACAAACUAGCCAAAUCCGUGAAAGUGACGUUGGUGUGUGAAGUGAGCAUAACCGUCACCAUAUCCAUGCAACGAAAAUGAAUUCCCAAAAGAGUGAAAUUCGCACCGAAAGCAAUCGUCCUGCGGCCACCAACAACGUCAGCAAUCCGACCGCAGCCAUGGCCGCGACGGCACUGGCUAUUACGACCACAUCGUCCAGCUUCAGCUGCUGUCCGACCAACGGUGAAAGCUCGUCGAUCGAUGAUUCGAUCGAGCUGAAUGACAGCCAGGAAGGUGGCAACAACAAUACGAUGUACCACAACGGGUUGCUCGAGAAGCAGGACUAUCGCUUCCCGAAGCGCCCACCGGUGGAUCUCGUGUUCCGUGACAUUCGCUACGACGUAAAGCGCUUCAACAUUUCCAAAGCAAAGUUCGAAUCGAAAGAAAUUCUUCACGGGCUUAAUGGAUCGUUUAAAUCGGGUGAGCUGACAGCAAUUAUGGGCCCAUCGGGAGCUGGCAAAAGUACGCUGCUCAACAUCAUGGCAGGUUAUGUGUCAGCGGGUGUGGGCGGUAUGGUACAGGUGAACGGAAAAAGCCGGUCGCACAACUCGGAAAGCUUCCGGAAGCUGUCCUGCUACAUCCAGCAGCACGAUGCACUACGACCCUGGUUAACAGUGACGGAGGCCAUGACCUGUGCCACUCAUCUCAAGCUCGGCUUUGGCAUUGGGAUGGCCGAGAAGCGCAAGUUGAUCGAGAAAAUUCUCUUCAUGCUCGGAUUGGAGCAGAAGGGCAACACACCGACAAUGGGGCUAUCCGGUGGGCAAAAGAAACGGCUAGCCAUCGCGCUGGAGAUGAUCAGCAAUCCGCCGAUACUGUUUCUGGACGAACCGACCACAGGAUUGGACAGUUCGUCCUGUACGCAGUGCAUCUCGCUGCUGAAGCGCCUCGCACAGGAUGGACGAACGAUCGUCUGUACGAUCCACACGCCCAGUGCGCUGCUGUUUGAGAUGUUUGAUCAACUGUACACGGUGGUCCAGGGACACUGCUUCUAUCAGGGACCGACGAACGAGAUGCUACCGUUUCUCGGCGAUCUUGGCUACCACUGUCCUAGCUAUCACAAUCCGGCCGAUUUUAUGAUGGAGAUUGCGGUCGGUGAGUAUGGGGCCGAUGUUGGCAAGGUGAUCAAGGCUGCUCUGAAGAAAUAUUACGAAAUCAGCAGUCGCUGCAUCGAACUGGAUUCGACGUACGGCGAUAACGACGUAAAACUGAUGGAAACCUUUUCGAUCGGUGGCAAAGCGGAAGAGAUGUGCAAGUUGCAGAAGCAGAGCGAAGCAAUGGAUAAUUCAUCGUACAAAGAGGAGGACAUCUUUUCGAAUACGAAACCCGCCUCGCUGGUGAUGCAGUUCCUGUUGCUCUUCUAUCGGAAUUUGCUGAUGACACGAAGGAAUUAUUUCCUUUUAUUCUGCAGAAUCUUCGCCCAUGCCACGGUGGCUACUCUGUUCGGCUAUAUCUACAUUGGCGUUGGUCCCAAUGCGAACCAGGUGCUGGCGAACUAUGUGUACAUUUACGGAUCCAUGCUGAUGUUGGUGUACACCGGCAAGAUGGCCGUUGUGCUUUCUUUUCAAAUCGAGAUGGAAUCACUGACGAGAGAGCAUUUCAAUCGCUGGUACAAGCUGGGUCCUUACUUCCUGUCCGUGUUGCUGCUUGAAAUCCCGGUCCAGAUCUUUUGCUCCCUGAUCUACGUUGUGAUCAGCUUCCAUUUAACGGGCAACUAUGUAAACUUCGAGCGCUUCUGCAUAUUCGCGCUGUUCUGCGUGGCCGGUUCGAUCUGUGCGCAGGCGUGGGGUUUCUUCGUUGGUGCAACACUCUCCGUGAAGCUUGCCGUGUUCAUCGGACCAAUCUUGGCGGUGCUUUUCUCCGUGUUUGGCUUCUGUGGCCGGUACGCCGACAUAACGCCACUAUUCAAAUGGAUGUGGCACAUCAGCUACUAUCGGGCGAGCUUCCACGGUUUGCUCAACUCGGUGUACGGCAUGAACCGGGACGAUCUGCACUGUCCGGAAACGCAGAUCUACUGUCACUUUAAGAACCCCGUCCUGUUCCAGAAGGACAUGGACAUCGAGCAUGUGGAUAUGCAGUCGAACUUUGUGCUGAUAAUGCUGAUCGUUAUAACGAUGUACAUCAGCACCGUGUUCGUGCUGUGGUACAAGCUUAACAAGCGGUGAACGUGUAGGGUCUUUGAGAGCCCAAGGUAGAAUUAAAUUCGUUGUCUGUUUUCUAAUUAUAUUGUUGCCGUCUCUUAGCCAACAGCAGUAUGUUAAGCACCUAUGGUAUGGUUGAGGUGAUCUAGAAUCUUGCAAACUAUCCAUUUUCUUAUAAAAGGAAAAUGGAAGCCUAAAACAGAGUACGGAGUAAGAGUAAGACUAACAAAUUAGGAAAAAAUAUCCCAGGAAUCUGCAAAUGACAACGCACAUUAAAGCGAAACGGGAAUGUGUCCAUGUGUGAGGUUGUGUAUUUUGUAAUUUAGCAAUCGAUAUCUGUGAUCAAAUGCACUAGCAGUGGCUUUCUGUUUUUUUGUAUACUAUAUAAUAUAUGAAGAAUAUUUGCGAAUUUUAUAGAAAUAUUGUGACACAUACGGUUUUGUAUUUCGUCUACGUGAUCGUGUAAGCAUACUGAAACGAGCUACGUUUCCAAUAUGAACAACCAUUGGCCUAGAAUCUUUAAAGUUAGUUUAUAAGAUAGAAAACGACGAAAGAAUGAAGGUGCAAUGUAUUAAGCUUCGAAUAAGAUAUGAAGGAUAUAACGUGACAUAAAAGUUAAAACACACAUACACACCAUAUCAAACUUUCUAUCUUCUUCUGAGGUUGUACAUAAUAGUAAUAAUUUGUCCGCCGAAGAUGUUGGAUAUUUCGCAAUAAAGAAAAUGGAAACCGAUAAUGGCACAAAGCACAGACCUUGACAGCUUCGG